GGCACCGAUCCAUCUCAGAAAAAAGCUCCGUAACAGGAAGCACGGAGGCCAGGGUACCGGGCAUCCAGCUCCGGUCCCAGGUCUUCCGCGCGCAGCCCCGGAUUCCCAGCUGCUUACGCCCCGCGCUCCACUCGCCCCGCGCGCGCUCCCACCCGAGCGGGAGCCGGAGCGGGUGCCGGGGGGAGCGAGGGCCCCGCCAGAGUCGGGGGCGCCAUGGAAGUGGAGGAGGCGUUCCAGGUGGUGGGGGAGAUGGGCAUCUACCAGAUGUACUUGUGCUUCCUGCUGGCGGUGCUGCUGCAGCUCUACGUGGCCACGGAGGCCAUCCUCAUCGCGCUGGUCGGGGCCACGCCGUCGUACCACUGGGACCUGGCAGGGCUCCUGGCCAACCAGAGCCACGGCGGCCAGAGGGCUGGUGAAGACCGGGCCCUCGGAGCCUGGCUCCUGAGGGCCAACGGCAGCGAGAUCCACAAACACGUGCACUUCAGCAGCAGCUUCACCUCCAUCGCCUCCGAGUGGUUCUUAAUUGCCAACAGAUCGUACAAAGUGAGCGUAGCAAGCUCUUUUUUCUUCAGUGGCGUGUUUGUGGGAGUGAUCUUGUUCGGUCAGCUUUCGGAUCGCUUCGGGAGGAAAAAGGUCUACCUCACAGGUUUUGCUCUUGACAUCUUAUUUGCUAUUGCAAAUGGGUUUUCCCCGUCGUAUGAGUUCUUUGCAAUCACCCGCUUCCUGGUGGGCAUGAUGAACGGAGGGAUGUCGCUGGUGGCCUUUGUCCUGCUGAACGAAUGUGUGGGCACCGCCUACUGGGCACUCGCAGGGUCGAUCGGCGGCCUCUUCUUCGCGGUCGGCAUCGCCCAGUACGCCCUGCUGGGGUACUUCAUCCGCUCCUGGAGGACCCUGGCCGUGCUGGCUAACCUGCAGGGAACGGUGGUCUUCCUCUUAUCUCUAUUCAUUCCUGAAUCACCUCGUUGGUUAUACUCCCAGGGUCGCCUGAGCGAGGCAGAAGCGGCUCUGUACCUCAUUGCCAAGAGGAACCGCAAGCUCAAGUGCACGUUCUCCCUGACGCACCCGGCCAGCAGGGCCCGCAGGGAGAUGGGAAGUUUCCUGGACCUGUUCCGGCACCGGCUCCUCCUGAGGCACACUCUCACCCUGAUGUUCAUCUGGUUUGUGUGCAGCCUGGUGUAUUACGGCCUGACCCUGAGUGCGGGCGAUCUAGGUGGGAACAUGUACGCCAACCUGGCCCUGUCUGGCCUCAUAGAGAUCCCGUCCUACCCUCUCUGCAUCUACCUGAUUAACCAGAAGUGGUUUGGCCGGAAGCGGACGUUAGCGGCGUUCCUGGGCCUCGGAGGACUGGCUUGUCUCCUUGUCAUGUUCCUUCCAGAGAAGAAAGGCACAGGUGUGUUUGCCGUGGUGAACAGCCAUUCCUUGUCUCUGCUGGGGAAGCUGACCAUCAGCGCCGCCUUUAACGUAGCGUAUAUCUACACCUCUGAGCUCUACCCCACCGUCAUCAGGAACGUCGGGCUUGGAACGUGCUCCAUGUUCUCCCGAGUCGGCGGGAUUCUCGCCCCCUUCGUCCCCUCACUGAAAUAUGUGCAGUGGUCUUUGCCUUUCAUUGUCUUUGGAGCCUCGGGCCUGACCUCGGGCCUCCUGAGUUUAUUAUUGCCAGAAACCCUCAACACUCCUCUGCUAGAGACGGUUUCUGACCUUCAGGUGUAUUCGUACCGGAGGCUGGGGGAGGAAGCUCUAUCUUUACAGACCUUGGAUACCCCACAGUCCGUGGACAAGGAGGGCGCUUUCGGGAGUGAGAGCGAAGAGGAAGAGUUUUACGAUGCCCAUGAGGAGACUCAGAUGAUCAAGUGAAAAGCCCCAGACCCCUCCUCCGAAGCAGCAGACCGCCGUUUGUGCCUCUGGCCAAGGCAGGCCCUGCCGGAAAGCCUGAGCGCUGGGGAAGGAUGGGCUUGAACGGGCGGGGAAGGCACUCAGCUCAGCUCCCAGACUGACUUUUCCCUGGCCCGGAGCGAGUUGGAGAGACUUCAUGAGCGGGGCCAUCCCUGCGUUGAGGACAUAGACGUUACUUGGUCGAACAUUCAGGCUUACCUCAGAAUCAUGACCUCUGGCCAGACAGCUCAAAUCCACGUGCCCGAGUGGCAAGCUGGUUUGCUUCUUAGAAGUUUGAUUGGGUUGCUUUUCCUUCAUCAUGACCUAAAGGAGGAUAUGUAAAAAAAAAAAUUCUUUUUCUCACAAUUGUCGGGGGUUGAGCUAAACACCCCUAAGACUGAAUGGUUAGGCCGUUAAGAUUCAUCUUCCCACCACACUGGAUCUCCCCCCUUCCCAGCUGCUCCUCACCAGGAAUCUCUGGAGGCAGUGUUGGUAGGAGCGGAGCAGAACCGCUGCGUGUGGGCGCCCCAGACCCGCCAGCCUCGCCCCGAUGAAGCCUGAGUGCUCCGCCCGGUUCCCAGCCUCCCGGCUGGCCUGAGCUCCAGGCGUCUUCCGCCCCACGGGCCACCCUCUGGGAAAAGCCCACGGCUCCCAAGCAGCUUUCUCGGUUGGAGGUGUGGCCGAGACUCCCCGAUAGCUCCCUUCCACGUUCAGAUUGUGCAAUUUCUUCAGUUCCCACUCGUGUCCACCUCUCGAAAAAUUGCCAUCUCAGGUUCCAGUACCAGCAAUAGCUUCAGAGUCGUCCCCAGUCAAUGACGAAGCUUUAUGGAGAUAGAGGACGGUUUGAAAAAGGACAUGUUGAGCACGUGGCUGUUGGGGCUGUGGGGGAGAGGGUGCCGUUUUUAAUAAGGAAGAAAAUUGUCUUCCACUAUAUUACAAUCUGUCUGGUUUUCAGUGUUGUGCAGUGCGGAACUUGGGCAACGGGUAAGAAUUUGAACCCUUCUUAUCCGAGAUCUGUCCCUACCUGUUCAGUCAAAUGGAAGGCACAGUAAUUUCAUAGGCAAUUUUGGUUUUUCAUGAAGUACUAACAACUUGCAAGUAAAUAAAAAUCAUACUUAGUUCCCUAAA